UUACCCGGGGGAGAGCAUAAGUGUUUUUCGCCAGGCUUGUGUGUCGCUUCCGUUAGGUCUCAGUAUGCGGAACUCCCUGCAGACUGAUGAUGAUGAAGAGGAUGUUAUGAAGGCAGGUUGUAACUGACUGAGCCACCCGUCCAUCGAGCUGAGAGGUGGACACACAUUUUCGCAUCAUCUAUUUAUGCUGCGAACCAGUCACAGGGAACAGCUACCCCUUUUCAGCCGUCGUUUCCAAUGAUAUAACGUUACCGUAAUCUAAAAGAAAGAAGAUUGAAUUCAGACAUACACCGCUGCCUCUCCCCCUCCUUGACCGUGGAGGACACCCACCACCCAGGCCGUCAUCAGCAGCUGGUCUCGCAGCGAACGUUAGCGGCUAACCGGCUAAUGUAAGCAGGUUUGACUCUGUCAUUUUUUGAACCAUCACAAUGAUAAUCAAGGAGCUGUGUUUCAACUUCACGCCUGAACUUUCCCAGUUGUGAUGGAAAGGCAACACUGACUCAAGAGAGAACAUAAAUCCUGGAUGCCGUGACGCACGGGACGUGGUCAGUCCAAGAUGGAGAAAAAGAAAAUGUGCCCUCGUCUUCUUGACUACUUGGUGGUAGUCGGAGCAAGGCAACCGAGUAGUGACAAUGUGGCCCAGACACCUCAGCUCCUCCGCCGCUACCCACUGGAGGACCACCACGACUUCCCGCUCCCACCAGACGUGGUGUUUUUCUGCCAACCAGAGGGCUGCCUGAGUAUACGCCAGCGUAGGGUUAGCCUCCGCGACGACUCCUCGUUUGUGUUCACGCUGACAGACAAGGACUCCGGAAUCACCCGCUACGGAAUCUGCGUCAAUUUCUACCGUUCUUUUCAGCGAGGACAUCAUCGCGCUCGCGGGGACAAGAGCGGCCACACGGAGACAGCGGCACAGGCGGCCGAGACCGCCAGCGAUGGGUCCGAUGGCAGCAGCGGAGGCCCACCCUCUGUGUUAUCGCCCCCUAACAAUGCUGAGUCAGCGCCUCCGCCUGCCUCUGGAGAAGAGGGCGGACAACCGGGUGCCGAGCUCAACGCCGGCAAGUCCCCACAGCAGAGACGAAGCGCUGCUAAGAUGGCAGCCAGGAACCGCAACAGCACGCUGACCUCGUUGUGCAUACUGAGCCACUACCCCUUCUUCUCCACCUUUAGGGAAUGCUUAUAUAUUCUCAAGAGGCUGGUGGACUGCUGCAGUCAGAGGCUAACUCAACGAGCUGGGCUCCCUCGCACCACCCAGAGGGACACCAUGUGGCGGGUAUUCACUGGGGCGCUGUCGGUGGAGGAGAAAGGCAGCCAGCUGCUGGCCGACCUGCGGGAGAUUGAAUCCUGGGUGUACCGUUUGCUUCGUUCACCAGUACCAGUGGCUGGUCAGAGGCGUGUGGAUGUGGAAGUCUUACCGCAUGAACUCAAACGGCCACUCACCUUUGCCCUGCCUGACAACUCUCGCUUCUCCAUGGUCGACUUCCCCCUGCACCUGCCCUUAGAGCUGCUGGGCGUGGAUGCCUGUCUUCAGGUGCUCAGCUGUGUCCUGCUAGAGCACAAGGUCAUUCUUCAGUCCAGAGAUUACAAUGCUUUGUCUAUGAGCGUCAUGGCCUUUGUGGCCAUGAUCUACCCUCUGGAGUACAUGUUCCCUGUCAUCCCCUUACUGCCAACAUGCAUGGCCUCUGCUGAACAGCUCCUUCUUGCCCCCACUCCCUACAUUAUAGGUGUACCAGCCAGCUUCUUCCUCUACAAAGCUGGUUUCAAAAUGCCAGACGAUCUUUGGCUUGUGGACCUUGACAGCAGCAAGGUUAUAGCACCCACCAAUGCAGAGAUUCUACCACCGCUUCCAGAGCCUGAAGCAUGCGAGCUUAAGAAACAUCUAAAACAGUGUCUGGUUAGGUUGACCGUGAUCACCCAAAAGCAGAUCUUCUCCUCUGAAAAUAAGGCCUUGGCCAGCAUGAGUUUGAACACCCAACCCAUCCUGAACCUGGAGAAGUUCCAGGAAGGUCACGAGAUGCCCCUGCUCCCUCCUGGACGAGAUAAAGCCUCGCCGUCCUCCACAGAGUUCAACCCUCUAAUUUACGGCAAUGACGUUGAUUCUGUGGAUGUAGCCACCAGGGUCGCCAUGGUACGGUUCUUCAACUCCCCAAAUGUUCUCCAGGGGUUCCAGAUGCACACUCGCACCUUGCGCCUCUUCCCCCGGCCUGUGGUGGCUUUUCAGUGUACUUCUUUUCUGGCAUCUCGGCCACGACGCUCUUGCUUUGCAGAUAAACUUUCUCACACCCAGGCAGUGGAGUUCUAUGGAGAAUGGGCUCUCAAUCCUACCAACCUCGCCUUUCAGAGGAUACAUAACAAUGUGUUUGACCCCUCCUUAAUCGGAGACAAGCCCAAGUGGUAUGCUCACCAGCUACAGCCAGUGGUCUACCGAGUGUAUGAUGGAAGCUCCCAGCUGGUAGAAGCUAUGGCUGGUCCCUUGGAGGAUGAGGGCAAUGAGUCUGACCCCACAGACAGUGGCAGUGACAGCGAGGCGUACGAUGACUCCAGCUCGUCCUAUUCUUCGCUUGGAGAUCUUGUGAGUGAGAUGAUCCAAGGUGACAUCCAGGGAGACACACCAAGCUUGGACCCGCCUACCCAUGCUGCGCUGGGAGACGCUAGUGAGGUUGAGUUUCAAGAGUUCCAUGACUUCAGGGAAAGUCGUGGCUCCCAGGGUCCACCGAAUGGGGACGGACCUGCCGAACCCGCUGAUGGACAACCGCUUCGCUCAAGCUCCAGCACAACUGCAAGCUCAAGUCCCAGCACAGUCAUCCAGGGAGUCAACCAAGAGCAGGGGGAAGCACCUGACCUCAGUGCAUCGGCAGGGGCCGCUUUACAGAACCCUGUCUCCGCGUUGGGCAGUCAGCCAUUCCUCAGACCUCCAGCUGAUGCUGGCCUGGCCGACCAAGCCAACAAAAAGCAAGAGUAUGACAACCCAUACUUUGAGCCUCAGUAUGGCUUUCCCUCAGAGGAUGACCCUGAUGCAGAAGAGCACGUGGAGUCAUACACCCCUCGAUUCAACCAGAACCUCAAUGGCAACAAGGCACAGCGUCCUUUACGUCCCAGUAGCCUGAGGCUCCCAGGAGAGUCUGAUGGGGAGGGAGACUCCCGCAACAGCUCGCCAAACUCCACCAUUUCCAACAGCAGCAAUGAUGGAUUUGGAGGACUCAUGUCCUUUGCCAGCAAUCUUUACAAGAACCACGGCACCAGUUUUAGUCUGUCAAAUCUUGCUCUUCCCAACAAGGCAGCGAGGGAGAAAACGCCUUUCCCCAGUCUAAAAGAAUAUUUCAAUUUUGAUAUUGAGGACGAAAUGGAGCAAGCAGUAUUUGGGCUAAAUUCUCUAAUGGAGAUAAUUACAGAGGCCGGCCCGGGGAGCGGAGAAGGCGCUCGCGCACCUCGAGCACUGGUGGACCAGAAGUCUUCAGUAAUCAAGCACAGUCCAACAGUGAAGAGAGAAUCGCCCUCUCCUCAGGGCCGAGUCAACAACACGAGCGAGAACCAGCAGUUCUUGAAGGAAGUGGUGCAGAGUGUUCUGGAUGGUCAGGGAGUCGGCUGGCUCAACAUGAAAAAAGUGCGCCGCCUGUUGGAGAACGAGCAGCUUCGCGUGUUUGUGCUGAGUAAGCUGAACCGAGCCAUCCAGUCGGAGGAAGACGCCAGACAGGAGAUCAUACGCGAUGUGGAGGUGAGCAGAAAGGUAUACAAAGGCAUGCUGGACAUCUUGAAGUGCACAGUUUCCAGUCUGGAGCAUUCUUACACUAACGCAGGCCUCGGAGGAAUGGCCAGUGUCUUCAGCUUAUUGGAAAUAGCACGCACACAUUAUCAAACCAAAGACCCAGAAAAACGCAAGCGAAGCCCCACAGACAGUGCUGGCAGCCCCGGGAGUAAAGAGAGUCCUUCUGGUCGUAUGGAGACUGCCAGACCUCAGGGCCUCCUGAACGUUCCUCACCUGCAGCUGCCGCACCACACAACGGGCAAAGGAGCCCGCCAUUUUGAUACCCGAAGUCUGAACGAGGAAAACUUUAUUGCCUCGAUUGAAUUGUGGAGCAAGCACCAGGAUAAGCAAAAAGCUAUGGAAAAACCACAGAGGUCUGAUGGAGCAAAGCAGCAGCGCCCCCAAGUGACGGAUGCAGAGGAGAAGAAAUCCCAGAUCAGUGCUGAUAGUGGCCUCAGUGUCACAUCUGGAUCUCAGAAGAGCGACACAGAGUCUGGAAGGAGUUCAGAGCCACCGAUCCUGACAAGAAGCACCAGCCAGGACUCUGAGGCCAGCACAGUGAUAAGCAACAGCUCUGGAGAGACUCUGGGAGCUGACAGUGACCUGAGCAGCACAGCAGACAGCUUCGGUGGCAGAACUGCUGCUCAUUUAGCUCAGUCCAGAGGAACUCUUUCUGACAGUGAGAUUGAAACCAAUCCAGCCACCAGCACUGUGUUUGGAAAGACCCACACCCUGAAACAAACUGCAAAAGAUCAAGUACCUACUAUGGCAAAGGGGCCACCUGCGCAGCCCAUGGAGGACGUCAGUAUGAGGAUUUACCUUUGCGAAGGCCUGCUGGGCCGCGAUAAGAGCUCCGUUUGGGAUCAACUAGAGGAUGCUGCCAUGGAAACCUUUUCUCUAAGUAAGGAGCGCUCCACUCUGUGGGACCAGAUGCAGUUCUGGGAGGACGCCUACUUAGAUGCUGUGAUGUUGGAGCGUGAGGGCAUGGGUAUGGACCAGGGACCUCAGGAGAUGAUCGAAAGAUACUUGUCACUAGGGGAUCAUGACCGCAAGCGUCUGGAGGAUGAUGAAGACCGACUCCUGGCCACCCUGCUGCACAACAUGAUUGCGUUCAUGCUAAUGCUGAAAUUGAACAAAAAUGACAUCAAGAAGAAAGUGAGGCGUUUGAUGGGAAAGUCCCACAUUGGCCUCACAUACAGCCAAGAGAUCAAUGAGAUACUGGACAAACUCGCCAACAUGAACGGCCGUGAGCUGGCCAUCAGGCCCAGUGGAAGCCGUCACAUCAAGAAGCAAACAUUUGUUGUACAUGCUGGCACUGAUACCACAGGAGACAUCUUUUUCAUGGAGGUUUGCGAUGACUGUAUAGUCCUGCGCAGCAACAUCGGCACAGUUUACGAGCGCUGGUGGUACGAGAAGCUCAUCAACAUGACUUACUGCCCCAAGACCAAGGUGCUGUGCCUCUGGAGACGCAACGGCCAAGAGACACAGCUCAACAAGUUCUUUACAAAAAAGUGUCGUGAACUCUACUACUGUGUUAAAGACAGUAUGGAAAGAGCUGCAGCAAGACAGCAAAGCAUUAAACCAGGUCCGGAGCUGGGCGGAGAGUUUCCCGUCCAGGACAUGAAAACUGGUGAAGGUGGACUGCUGCAGGUCACACUGGAAGGGAUCAACCUUAAAUUCAUGCACAGCCAGGAGCGGAAGGUUUUCAUAGAGCUGAGUCACAUUAAAAAGUGCAAUACAGUGAAGGGAGUCUUUGUCCUGGAGGAAUUUGUUCCUGAAACUAAAGAAGUGGUGAUCCACAAGUACAAGACCCCCAUGGCACAUCAGAUCUGUUACUCGGUCCUCUGCCUUUUCUCCUACAUGGCGGCAGUGAAGGGGAAGGAGGCGGAAGGAAAACCCAAGAUUCUGUCACCGAGACCCCUUCCUAGCUAGUCUACGCCCCGUGCCUGCCCCGUACUUGCAGUGCCUCUCUACUUGAAAUGGCAUCUACGCUCUAAAACCACAGACUUCUGACAAUCCCCCCAACUUUAUUCUAAGCACAUAAUUCCUUCUCCCUCUUGUAUAUACAAGCCUAAGACCCUUUCUCGACUCUGUUGUGUAGACGUAUUUAGUCUGUGAUGUCGUGUAAAUACUUCCAACCCCUCACCGCUGUCGUCCUGAUAGAUCAUACCAACUAGCUAAAUGUUUGCCUGCUCCUUAACUCGGCAGAAGCGACUCCCCUCGAGCUAACCUCCUCAGUGUGAAAGUCUCCUGUUCUUCCUAACUGUUUUUGCCGAUAGGAGAUGUGAGCGAUCACCCCGAGGCGCAGAGUGCACGCAGGUCCCGUGCACAGCCUUGACAUUCACUACAGAGUAGCUCUCUCUCCCCCCCCCCCCCAACACCCAUCUCGAUUUGACUGUGUGAGUUAUUCCGUGAUACGUGGUUACUGUAAACUUCCAGUCUGUCCAAGUUUAAACUGGUGAAACAUCCAGAGACCCUCUUAUAGUGCAGGACGUCCCAUACUGAAAAUGCUACCGUACCGCAUGUAAACGCUUCUUAAAAGUGUUUGAAGCCCAAAAUAAUGUGAGUGUUCUCAGAUGUGUGCUCUUGCCCUAGAUCAGUCCGCCAGGCUGAAUUACUGUUCUAGUUCUACUGUAAAAUGUCUCGUCUGUGGUCUGCUGUUAUUAAUUGCAUGUUACUAUGAGGAUGAAAAAUAAAUAUUAUAUAUAUAUAUUUCUAUAUAUAGUAUUUAUUUAAUAUAUACAUAUAUUGACUGUACAUUUCUCUGGAAAAAAAAAUGUUACAAAUUGUUGGUUUGCUAGAUGUGCAAUACUUAAUAAGUAGUUAGCCAUUGCCAGAGCCAUGUUUUCUUGAGUUAACUGGCUUUCACAGGGUGAAGAAUGUAAGAAAGAACUUUUUUUUGUUUUUCUAUAGUACAUAUUGAUUGGAGUGAAUCUGAUGACUUCAGUUUGACUGUUUAAAGUUUGUCUUUUAAAGGUAAAAUCAACUCCGAAUCACAUACGGUAAAAAAAAAUAAAUAAAAUGGCCGCUGUGUUGCUCUGUAUGGUGCAAACUUUGGAGUGUUUUGCACUCAGGCCACACCCCCCCAAUUAGUGAUGUCACAGCAGGUGUUUUUAAAAAGCAACAGGCGGUGGAGAUGCUGUAGUAAACAUCAGAGAUGGUGUAGUACCUUGCAUUUGAAUUCAGCCUACAAAGCGAUGAUGUGAUAUGCGUCUUUGAUUUGUCUAAACCGUUUGCGAUGCUGUGGGAACGGGUUGUUUUUUUAAUAAA